AGUGAGUCCCCACGCCUCGCGCCCGGCGGCGAAACCGUGGUCAUGCCGACACAGCAGCCAGCUGCGACCAGGAGGCCCCCCAAGCCCUCCCGGAGCCUCUCUGGUUCACUUUGUGCUCUGUUUUCUGAUGCAGACUCGGGAUCAGGGAUGAAGGCGGAGCUUUCUCCUCGGCCUGGGGUAGUGGGGAGGGAGAUGACCCAAGAAGAGAAGCUGCAACUUCGGAAGGAAAAGAAACAGCAGAAGAAGAAACGGAAGGAGGAAAAGGGGGCAGAACCAGAAGCUGUCUCGGCUGUAACUGCAGCUCACUGUCAAGUAGGGCCAGUGAGAGAACUGCCAGGACCCAGCAGGCAGCUGGAGGGUGCUCCUGGGGAGAAAGCUGCAGCUAGUCGGAGUAAGGCUGAACUUCGUGCUGAGCGACGGGCCAAGCAGGAGGCUGAACGGGCCCUGAAACAGGCAAGAAAAGGGGAGCAAGGAGGGACACCUCCUCAGGCCUGCCCCAGCACAGCUGGAGAAACCCCCUCAGGGGUGAAGCGUCUCCCCGAGCACACUCAGGUUGAUGACCCCACACAUCUCAGGAGCCUUAUUAAAAAACCAGAGCGACAACAGGUUCCUACACGAAAGGAUUAUGGAUCCAAAGUUAGUCUCUUCUCCCACCUUCCCCAGUACAGCAGACAAAAUUCCCUGACCCAGGACAUGAGCAUCCCAUCCUCUGUGAUCCACCCAGCCAUGGUGCGACUCGGCCUGCAGUACUCCCAGGGGCUGGUCAGUGGCUCCAAUGCCCGGUGUAUCGCUCUGCUUCGUGCCUUGCAGCAGGUGAUUCAGGAUUACACAACUCCUCCCAAUGAGGAACUCUCAAGGGAUCUGGUGAACAAACUGAAACCCUACAUCAGCUUCCUCACUCAGUGUCGGCCCCUGUCAGCAAGCAUGUACAAUGCCAUCAAAUUCCUUAACAAGGAAAUCACUGCUGUGAGCAGCUCCACAAGGGAAGAGGAGGCCAAGUCAGAACUUGGAGCAGCCAUUGAUCGGUAUGUACAAGAGAAGAUUGUGCUUGCGGCUCAGGCAAUUUCACGCUUUGCCUACAAGAAGAUCAGUAAUGGAGAUGUGAUCCUGGUGUAUGGAUGCUCAUCCCUGGUAUCACGAAUUCUUCAGGAGGCUUGGAAUGAGGGCCGGAGGUUUCGGGUGGUAGUGGUGGACAGCCGGCCCUGGCUGGAAGGAAGGCACAUGCUACGUUCUCUGGUCCAUGCUGGCGUCCCUGCCUCUUACCUGCUGAUUCCUGCAGCCUCUUACGUGCUCCCAGAGGUUUCCAAGGUGCUAUUGGGAGCUCAUGCACUUCUGGCCAAUGGAUCUGUGAUGUCACGGGUAGGGACGGCACAGCUGGCCUUAGUGGCUCGAGCCCAUAAUGUGCCAGUGCUGGUCUGCUGCGAAACAUAUAAGUUCUGUGAACGUGUGCAGACUGAUGCCUUUGUCUCUAAUGAGCUAGAUGACCCUGAUGAUCUGCGGUGCAUGCGGGGAGAUCACGUGGCCCUGGCUAACUGGCAGAACCACCCAUCCCUGCGGUUGUUGAAUCUGGUCUAUGAUGUGACUCCUCCAGAGCUCGUGGACCUGGUGAUCACAGAGCUGGGCAUGAUUCCUUGUAGUUCUGUACCUGUUGUCCUACGAGUCAAGAGCAGUGACCAGUGAGGGGGGAAAGACAGGCUCAAUAAAUGACAUACAUCCUACCCUUAGCAGCUCUGCCGCCUUUGUGUCUUUUAACACCUCCACUCCUUAAGUUAGGGGCCCAUACUCCUCAGCUGCUCCCAUCUCCUACUGCUAACCCAAGACCUCUGUGGAGACUCUCAAGUGACUUGACUUUACACCAGUGCUUUGGGGGCAUGGUGAAGGUCCACAUGGAGAUCAAAACCUAUUCAGGCUCUCCUGUCCCCUCCGCCCUGCCUCCCCCCAGCUCCUCUGCUCAUCCCCUCUUAAUUCUGAUGUGUUUGGCUCUGACAGGGAAGAGUGCUUUCCAAGUGAAAAUACAUUGGAGGCAUGUGUGUAUCCCCCAUCACCACCCCGCGCUGUGGGUGCUUCAUUUUUGAGGCUACAGGCCCAAGUUUUUCUUCUUAUGUGAAUGUGCUCCCUUCUGUUUCUUAUCCUCUACAAUCAAAGUGUGCAAGAGCUUUAAUAAGAGCAGGAGCUGGAGGAGGGAAUGAUAUUCAGUGGUGUUUUUCUCAGGUGAAAGGAACAGUAAAUGAUGAUGUAGCAGAAGCUGAUAUCAUUUCUACAGUAGAAUUUAAUCAUUCUGGAGAAUUACUAGCAAUAGGAGAUAAAAGUGGUAGAGUUGUUGUCUCAGCAGGAGCAGGAGAACAAAAUCCAGUCUCAUAGCAGAGAAUAUGUUUAUAGCACCUUCCAGAGCCAUGAACCAGUAUUUGACUACUUGAAAAGUUUAGAAAUAGAUCAACAAAAUUAGAUGGUUACCCCAGAAAAAUGCUGCUUGGUUUUUAUUGUCUACCAAUGAUAAAAUAAUAAAAUUAUGGAAAA